AUGGUUGCAAAAGGAAUCUACUUCCCAAAUAUAGACCCCAAGAACCCAUUGGGAGAGGUCGAUAAAUUAAUUUAUGAUAUAUCACGGAUCCUGAAGAAGAAGAUCAUUGCUGUUUGGGCUAGAAGAAAAAAAGCUAAGAUGAUAAUGAAGAAUCGCUGCAUUGAUUCUGGAAAAGUAGAGAGUAAGAAUAAUAACGUGAACAUGGUGGCGAGUGGAUUCUACAUCCCAAAAUCAAACCCAGAGAAGCCAUUAGGAGAGGAUGCGCACUUUAUAUGUGAGGAAGAAUCAACGAUGGGCGUCGCCGACGGCGUUGGCGGUUGGGCCAAACACGGUAUAGACGCCGGCGAGUACGCCCGGGAGCUCAUGUUAAACGUGCAAAAUGCCGUGAAACAAGAACCGGAAGGCUAUGUUAACCUAAAAAGAGUUCUGGACGAGGCUUACUUGCAAACCAAGGCAAACGGUUCCUCAACCGCGUCGAUCGUCACCGUAGAUAAUGAUCAAGUUUUUCAUGGAAUCAAUGUGGGUGAUAGUGGGUUUAUGAUAUUCAGAAACAAUAAACUAUUGUAUCGGUCGAUGAUUCAACAACAUCGUUUCAAUAGGCCCUAUCAAUUGGGGAAUGAUAAGAGGAGUGAUACUCCAAAAUCGGCUCAAGAAUAUAGGCUUAAGGUUCAGGAUGGGGACAUAGUGAUUCUUGGGAGUGAUGGGCUUUGGGAUAAUGUGUUUGUUAGUGAGAUUGAAAAGACUUUGAUGCUUAGGAACGUAGAUGGGAAAGGGGAUGUGCAUGAUUUGGCAAGUUUCAUUGGCCAACUUGCUUUCUCAUUUUCCAUGGAUGGGAAGACUUUUUGUCCGUUCGCAGAAGCAGCAAAGCAUGCAGGACAAGAACGCGUUGGUGGAAAGGUUGAUGAUAUUACAGUCCUUGUAGGUCGAAUUGUUGUUCAGUGA